GCUCCGGACACACCACCAAUUUACAGGCGCACUAGACGAGUGAAGUACCCUGGGACCACCAGCCACCGAAAAGGUUUUGUGCUUGAAAAACCUUCUACUGUAGUGUUAGUCUAAACUUUGACUCCUCGCCAUUGUUGAAGAUGAAGAGCCUUGUUCGUGUUUGGGUCGGCAUUGUGGGUCUCACAGCCAUAGUCACAUCAUUGCAAAGCUUCAUUGAUAGCUCCUUCCUAGCAGAAAGAAUUUACACUUUGGACAAGGACUCAGUGACUCCAGCCCUUGGCAGACUGUUUGGAACCUGGACUUGUCUGGCUGGUGUAGUGAGGAUUCUCUGUGCUGUAUUUAUCACCAGUAAACCGUUAUACUUCGCCACAACGUAUUCCUUCGUGCUAGCCUUCGCUUAUUUUGCUUCAGAGUUGCUGAUAUUCAAAACAGUGGAACUUUCAGCUGGAGUCAUAUCCCCACUUAUUGUGGCAGGCGGUUCAACAGUUCUGAUGCUCCUAGCGUAUCGAGGGAUAAUGGAUCAACAAAAUCUGCAAACGAAGAAACACUAGGAGAAGCAGUUUGUUAUUGGCUGAUGAAUGGAGAAAAGUGACAACAAAAGGAUGAUUGACUGGAGUGGGACUCAAACCAAGGAGAGGAUAAAUUAACGAAAUUGUCAUUCCUGGAGUGCAGCCACUUGUGCACUCUGCCAGUAUGUGUCACAUGCCAGUGUGUGCCGAGCUCCAGCGAGCUCAUCUACACAUCCCAGUUUUCAUCUUUGUUUUUAUACAUCAUCAUGUACAUUAUGUACAUUAAGUUCAAUGUGUAACGAUUUCUAUUCAUGAACUCAAAGUAAACUUUUUUCAAGGAAACACCAAAAAAUGUAUGUUCCGAAAAGGAUUUUAUGUUCAUUCAUGUACCUGCAUUGACAGUCAUAAUGAACAACGGUGAUUUGGGGGCACUUCAAUCCACUUCCAUUACUCGACUUUGACAGUGGUUCAAAUGGAAAUUGUGUGUGAGAUUGGUAAUCAAAGGGGGCCUUCAGUAUGAAACCAACAAUUUGUUUCUGGUUAAUUGCCAGACCUUUUAUGUUGUAGGGUUUACAUAGCACGUUAGCGCAGAGAUUAAAAACCUGUAUGUUUGAACCUUUUUAUUUUGGGUUUAUAGAGAUUAAAUCCCAUAGAAAUUACCCCUACCCAGCCUAAAACAUUUGUGCAAGAGUAUAUAUAUAUAUAUUUUGUGGUUUUUAUAAUUACAUAAUAACGAACAAUGAAGGUUUCAGAUGAUCAAAAUAAAUAUUUUAAACAAUCGGAAACUGUUUUCCAUGUUUUAGAGGCAGUGACAUUUUCAAUACAAUGUAUUAUAUCCAUGCAAGUUUUUGUCGACCUAUUCCUUAGAAUUGGACAGCGGCGUAGCUAGGGUAAGAGGGGCACACAACAGGUGCACCAUUUUUGUCUAGUGGGCACUUCUGGCAAGGUUUGUGCUUAACCUUUUCUUCAAAAUAAGCCCUUGACCUCAACGGGGUGCCUCCUAAAAAUAAAAAAAAUCAAUCAGAAGGGAAUUAAUUUGAGAAAAAUCUGGAAUCCAACAGGCCUUUUACCAUUCUGGUUAUCAAUCGUAGUUUCUUUUUAUUGGCCUUCAUUUUUUUUACGAAAAAAGGUAGUAGUUUUAAUACUCUUUUAUCAAACUUGAGAAUCGCUGAUGAAUAUAAAUCAAUAAUAUUAAAAGUGAUACAACACAAACAAUUCGCAUCAAAGAGGAAGACUGAACUCGAGUCUAAAGAUCUAAGACCAAAUCAAUUUAGUCUCUUCCAAUAUUUAUUCAAUA